UUAUCACGGAAAAGUCACCCACAGCUCAGUUCGUUGGGUUUUUUUUUUUUUAGUCAAUCAGUUCGUUGGGGGUUGAGUGAUGGAAAUGUUUGUUAAAUUCUUUAAUACUCUCAUAUGCCCGACUUGGUCACCACUCUUUCUCUCUCUCAUUGUAUUAAUAAAUACCUCGUGUUUGAUUUAAAUCUCCCACCAAACCUAAGUUUACAACCCACAAAGCACCCCUCUUCCCUUCUCUCUCUCUCUCCUCUCUCUCUCUCUCUCUCUCUCUCUCUCUCAUGGAUAAUUUCCUCCUGUUAUUGUACAUUGCCCCUCUCUCCUACCUCUUCUUCAAGCUCUUCAAGCUUAUUGACCAAAAAAGACACCAAUGCUGCUACAUACUCGACUACCAAUGCUACAAACCAACCGACGACCGAAAGCUCAGCACUCAAUUCUCGGGAGAAGUCAUCAAACGGAACACAAACCUCGGCCUCAACGAGUACAAGUUCCUCCUGAAGGCCAUCGUCAGCUCGGGCAUCGGCGAGCAGACCUACGCCCCGAGGAUGGUGUUCGAAGGCCGCGAGACCAACCCCACUCUCGAGGACGGCGUCGUCGAGAUGGAGGAGUUCUUCGACUACAGCAUCCCGAAGGUGCUGUCGCGGUCGCGCGUCUCCCCCCAGGACAUCGACGUGCUCGUGGUCAACGUGUCCAUGCUCACGAACGUCCCCUCCCUGGCGGCCAGAAUCAUCAACCGGUACAAGAUGAGGGACGACGUCAAGGUUUACAAUCUCACGGGAAUGGGGUGCAGCGCGAGUUUAAUCGCGAUCAACAUCGUGCAGAAUAUUUUCAAGUGCCGGAAAAACGUCCACGCGCUGGUGGUGACGUCGGAGUCGCUGAGCCUGAAUUGGUACUCGGGGAACGACCGGUCCAUGAUUCUGGCCAACUGCUUGUUCAGGACUGGCGGGUGUGCGAUCCUUCUGACCAACAAAGUGGCCCUGAAACACCGAGCCAUGUUCAAGUUGAAGUGUCUGGUCCGGACCCACCACGGGGCCAAGGAGGAGUCCUUCAAUUGCUGCAUACAGAAGGAGGACGAGUCGGGCCGGACAGGGUUUCACCUCGGCAAGACCCUGCCCAACGCCGCGACCCGUGCCUUCGUGGAAAAUCUCAAAGUGAUUUCCCCGAAGAUACUCCCCGUGCGGGAGCUAGUGCGGUUCACGAUCGCCUCGUUCGUUAGGAAAAUGAGACAAGGGAGGUCUAGCAAGGGAGGAGGGGGGAGACCGACGAUCGAUUUCACCACCGGGGUCGAUCAUUUCUGUUUGCACACCGGUGGGAAGGCGGUCAUCGACGGGAUCGAGCAGAGUCUCAACUUGAGCAAGUACUAUCUAGAACCGGCCCGCAUGACGCUCCACCGGUUCGGGAACACGUCGGCGAGCAGUCUCUGGUACGUGCUGGGGUACAUGGAGGCUAAGAAGAGGCUGAAGAAAGGUGACAGGGUGUUCAUGAUAAGUUUUGGAGCGGGGUUUAAGUGCAACAGUUGUUUGUGGGAGGUGCUGAGGGAUUUGGGGGAUAGGAAUGUGUGGGAGGAUUGCAUUGAUGAGUAUCCGCCGGAGAAGCUAACAAACCCUUUCAUGGAGAAGUAUGGAUGGAUCAAUGAUGAAGACGAAACCACCUUCGUGAUGCCAGAGUCAAUCUAAAAAGGGAAAAAGAGAAAAGGUCUCGUCAAAACUUACCUCAUAUAUUUAUACUGGAGUACUUAUUAAUAUUGUUUUUUUCUUUUAUCUUAAUUAGUUUUUCUUUGUUCUAUUUUUGAAGCAAAAUUUUAUUAUGUGCUCAUAAAGAGUCCUGCUGCCAAACAGAGAGGAGCCAGGGCUAUUAUUCAUACUGUAACAGAAAAGAUAAGAAACCAUGAAAACAAAACAAAUAAAUAAUGGUCCAAAUUUAAAGAAA